AUGAUGGAGAACUCCUCAGUGCUCUCUCCAAAUGCUUCAGAUGCCCUCUUCCCCACAGACUCACCACCACCAUCUGCCAUCCACCAGACCUUCUGGGUCAUCUCUCUCAUCAUCUACUGCUUAGCCUUUGUCCUGGGCAUAACUGGCAAUGGGCUGGUGAUCUGGGUGGCAGGCUUCCGCAUGACUCGCACAGUCACCACUGUCUUCUUCCUCAACCUGGCUUCAGCAGACUUCACCUUCACUGCCUUCCUGCCAUUCGUCAUCACUGCUACUGCCCUACAACACCACUGGCCCUUUGGUUGGUUCCUCUGCAAGCUAAUUAGCUACCUGGCUACCUUUAACAUGUUUGCCAGCGUCUUCCUGCUGACCCUCAUCUCUCUUGACCGCUGUGUCUCUGUCCUCUGGCCAGUGUGGGCCAGGAAUCACCGCACACCUCGUAGGGCAGCCCUGGCCGCGGCAGGGGCCUGGGCUCUUGCCCUGGCCUUCUCGGUCCCAACGUUCAUCUUCAGGACCACAGACACAGAAGAUGGGAUCACCCUUUGCUACUCCAAAUUUGGCUCUGGAGAGGAGGAGGAGGAGGAGGAGCAGGAGGAGGACAGUGAAGCCCUGAUCGAGAGUCGCCACUGGUCCCUGAUACUCAGCCGCCUCAUCCUGGGUUUUCUGGUUCCCUUCCUCAUCAUCAGUGUCUGCUAUGGCCUCAUCACACUCAGGCUCUGGAGUGGAAUGAAGACCGUCAAGUUGAGUCGGCCCUUCAGGAUCCUCACGGCUGUGGUGGCUGCCUUCUUCCUCUGCUGGCUCCCUUUCCAUGUGGUAGGGAUAAUAGAUGCUUCUGCCUACAGCCAUCCACACUUUGAAGAGGUCCUGCCUUACCUGAGCCCUCUCACCUCCUCCCUGGCAUUUGUCAACAGUUGCCUCAACCCUUUGCUCUAUGUCUUCAUGGGCCGGGACUUCAGGGAGAAAUUGCUCAGAUCCCUGCCAGCUGCCCUGGAGAGGGCUCUGAGUGAGGAGUCUGCCCCCACAGGUACCACAGGGAACAGUUCCGCCUUGGCCCCUCCUGCCACUGAUGCUGAAACCCAGGGGAUAUGAAGAGACCCCUUAUCUUCCAUGGCCUUUCUGUGGAGCCUGCCUUCAUGUAGUCUGUGUCCCAAGUUCUACAAGAUCUCCCAGGUGCAGUGGAUAGAGCACUGGCCCUGGAAUCAGGACGACCUGAGUUCAAAUCUGGCCUCAGACACUUGACACUUACUAGCUGGGUGACCCUGGGCAAGUCACUUAACCCCAAUUGCUUCACACACAAAAAAAAGUCUCCUAAUUCUGAUAUUUUAUGUUCUAAAUUCACUCCGAUGUCAGACAUUUCAAGUUCUAAGGGACCUCCCACCCUGACAUUCCAGAUUCUAAAUGUCCUCCCCUUCUGAUAGGGCCCUCAAACCUCUGGAAUUCUAGCUUCAAAGGGCCCUUCUCCCUUUGACAUUUCCAGUUCUAAGGGUCCUCUCACCUCUAACAUUCUUGGUUCUAAGGGCCCUCCCACUUCUGAUUUUGUGGGUUCUAAGGGCUCUUGUACCCCUAAUAUUCUAGGUUCUAAGGGCCCUCCCACCUUUGACAGUCCCAGUUCUAAGGGUCCUCUCACCUCUGACAUUUCAGGUUCUAUGGUCGAUCCCAACCCUGACAAUCUCUGUUCUGAACACAAAAUUCUAGAUUCCACAUCUUCAGGACCUUUCAGUUCUGGGCAUCCCCUUUUCUGUGAUCUAAAGACUCGCCAGUUUCCACCUAUAGUGGCACAGGUUCAGUGAUAGGUAAACAUACUGAGCCAUAAAGAGAUAAGAAUGGUUGAGGGCUCUGAUCUCCAGCUCCUCCUUUCAAGCCCUCAAUACCAUCCCAAAUCCUUGGCUCCCGCCAUCAUCCUUCCCCAAACCAUCUCUGCUUUCUAAGCCUGCCCUUGGAAGCAUUGGCUUCCUCUGAUAAAUGGCUCCUUCCUGCUGUGGCUCUGGGGCCCCAGACAUCCACGAGUGUCCCAUUAAACCACCAGUUUGUUCCCACAAUAAACACUGGGCUCCUCCAGGCCUUGGUCCUGCUCUCCCAACCUUCCAGCCCCAGCCUUUCCAGCAGAACCCGAGUGUGUGUGUGUGUGUGUUGGGGGGAAUACCAAGGUGAGGUCCUCUUCCUGGACCAGGAAGGGAGAGGGGCAGGGAAGCAGCCAGAGGCUGAGAAUAUCAAGAUCUGGGUUCAUGUUCUUACUCUGCCAGUGGGACCUGGGCUCAGAGUAUCUUCAAGGCACCAUUUCUUUUUUUAAAAAAUAGAUGAUUUGGGGCAGCUA